AUGGCCUGCUACCACCAGGGAGAAGUGGUAGUCUUGUCAGGGCAGUUCUAUGACAGUAGUCAGACAUGUUCACUUGCUGGCAUUCCAGAUGUGAGGGAAUGGUAUUUUGCAAUUCAGUCAAUAUGUGGAUUUUAUCAGUUCUGCAGUUCUGACUGGGAAGACAUCAGCCUUGACAUCCUGGUAGAUCAAAGCAGUGACACUCUUCAAAGACAUGUUGAAGAAUGCCUUGGUGGUGAUCAAAAUAUUGAGGAAGAAGAUAGUAAUAGCAGGGAGCCCCUGUCAAUGAUUGAUCUCUACGAAGAAUCUGCUGAGAAUAUACAUCAGUUAGUGGACAGGCUUCCUGCUCCUGGAAGAGCAAUGGUUGAUGUCAUAUUGCAGUCCUCAGAUGGAGAUGCCCCGAGGUUAAAAGACUGUUUACCUGUUAUUGGUGCCUUGAAACAUCUGAGAGAAUGGCAUGCAGCAAAAAUAAUUAUUGUAGCAAAGGAAGGCAAAACGUGGCAGAAAAUUGCUGAUUAUCUAUCUGCGCACAUUGUGGCUCCUGAAAACCUGAACAAUAGCAUUGAUUCAAGAGAACUGUGGAGAGGAAGAAUUCAGAUAUGGGAGCAAAAGUUUGGCUCUGAAAUUACCUUUCCAGAUUUCUGUAUAAGGAGUCCUGCAACAAGCAGGCCAUUGUAUUUUGACAAAACUGAAUGGACGAAGCGGACCAAUGCUCGCUUGCCAAAGGUUUUCCAUUAUUAUAGUCCUGCAUUGAAAUUCAUACAGAUGGUGCGACUGUCUGAUCUACCAUCAUCUUUAGUGUCUGACCUUCAGUUUGAUUUGAGCUUGGCAAACACCAGUGCCAAAGACAAGUCUAUGCUCUUUUGGAGUCAGAUGUCUUCCCUUCAUGGAAAGGUUGGAGCACUAUUUGUAUUGCCUUGCAGUGUAAGUGGAAUGUUGAUACCUUUGCCUGUCCAACUCAAUACAAAGAAAUGGAAGGAAUAUAUGGCACAGAAACCUAAAGUCAUCAGCGUUCCCCAAGUUGAACUGAAAGGAGAGACUUGCAGCUAUUAUUUCUUAGUUCGAGGCAACGGCUGUGGAGGCUGUAAAGCCACGUUGAUCUGGUCAGCCAAUCAGAUAAACGGUUCAUUUGGGCUUGCUGAAAUAAUUGGAAAACUGACAACAGAGGCUGAGAAAGCUGAAGAGAGUAUGGCUGAAGAGAUCAUCAGAUCCCUUCCAGUUGUCAGAGGAGAGCAGAUCUUACAGCGAGAGAAGAAACUGGCUUGCAUCCAGGCGUUAGCUUUGAAUCAAUGCCCGAAGAGGCAGGAAACAACCAAACCAUCCCCGGUUGUUUCAGUUGAGGAACUGAAAACCAUGUUAGCACGCACCAGGGAACGUUUUUUAGAGUUGUGGAAUGCUAGCAUUCCCAAAAGCGUUUUUCCAAUAGCAGCGGUCAAAACUGAAGACCACAGGACAGUUUGUGAAUCGGAGCUGAAAUGUUCAAAUCCUUUGGAGUGGCCACAGAGAAACGUCCUCCAGAACCUGGAAAACUUUGAAAAAAUGAAGCAAAAAGCAAGAGUUUCUGAACAGCUGCUGGGGCGUAAAGAUAGCCAAAAGGAGUCAACAACGUUGCUUGAUGCUAAAGAGCUGUUGAAAUUUUUCACUCCAGAAGGGCUGCCCGUCGGGAAUCUUCAGCCUUUGCACGUUCAGAAAAGUGAAAACGCUUUUCUUCUGACACCAGAGCUUACAACUCAAGAAGUGAGAAAUUUGCCUUUUGAAAAAGCUGCUGGGUGCCAUUAUCACGGCCUAGAAUACUGCCUAGACAACAGAAGGGCUUUGGAAAGAGAUGCAGAAUUUUCUGAACUUCAGACUCGUCUUAUCCGUUACGAAACUCAGACUACUUGUGCAAAGGAGUGCUGCCCAGUGCCGUGUGUCUUGAGCCCUCUUCCGUCUCCAGCUGUUUUGUCAGAGACCGGAAGCAUCCCAGAUGGGGAAUCUUUACGAAGGGAUCAUCCCACAGAAGUAUCCAAGCUGAGACGCAGAUCGAAAGACCAGGAUGGCUUCUGUUCCAACAAGGGGUUAAUGAAAUCCGAAAGUACAGAUUCUCUCUUGUCCCAGGCAAGCGGAAGCAGCAGCGGCUGCCGAUCAAGAGGUGCCACAAGGCAGCACCCAGAUAAAUCGAUCUCUCUGUCUUCUGUGGCUGCCAAACAGUCUUAUAGUCAGGUGCACAAAGUAACUACAAAGAACAACCCAGCAAGCCGGCGAUGUACUAAAGAGACAGAAAUAUCAAAGCCAACAAAGGAAUCACGGUCUCAGAAACACACACGGAUGCUGAAGGAAGUGGUGACUAAAACCCUCCGAGCGCACAGCAUUGCUGAAGACCACAAGUGCUUUGCGACCUGCAGCCAACGUCUCUUUGAGAUUUCCAAGUUCUACUUAAAGGAUCUGAAAACAUCUCGAGGGCUCCUGGAUGAAAUGACUAAAGCCGCAAACAGCAAUGUAAAACAGGUGAUUGAGUGGGUUUUAGAAAAGACCACCAAGAAGUGAUAUCUGCCAGAGACACUGAUGAUCUGCAUACAAACAAGGUGCAUUAAAUGGACCCAUUGCAUGGAGUGUCCUGUUACAUAGUCUACGUGCCUGAAACCUACAGCACGUUCAGCAUUCUGUAUGCAAAGGCCUGCCGUAUAAAUUGCACUGAAGCGAGUUACUUCACAUUUGUUAAGUAACCAUCUUGACUUUGUGUGUGUGUCUUGUACAGAUUUCUGUUUAGAGCAGUAGAAGCCAAGUAUCACAACAGUUAAUGGCUUUAUUUUUCUCCCCCUCUCGUCUGUAGAAUUUAAGAGGUUCUUCUCUCUGUAAACGCCUCCUUUGUUGUUAACAAAGUAGCUAUAAAAAAAGAUUUACCAGCUG